AUCCCAUCAUUCACGUUCUCUUCACAUUUUAGCACCAGUAAUCAUGGGUAUAUCAAGGGACAGGUGGCACAAGAGACGAAAGACAGGAGGAAAGAGGAAGCAACUGCAUAAGAAGCGCAAAUAUGAGUUGGGACGUGCUCCAGCAAUGACUAAGAUUGGUGCCAAACGUGUGCACUUGGUACGUUGCAGAGGUGGCAAUAUCAAGUUCCGUGCUCUUCGUCUUGACACUGGUAACUUUUCUUGGGGCUCUGAGCAGGUCACACGAAAGUCUCGAAUCAUUGAUGUGGCGUACAACGCCAGUAACAAUGAGUUGGUGCGAACCAAAACUAUAGUCAAGAACUGUAUUGUUUACGUUGACUCUACACCAUUCAGACAGUGGUACGAAUCUCACUACAUUUUGCCUCUUGCCCGCAAGAAAAAUGCAAAAUUGAACGAAGCUGAAGAGGAGAUUUUACACAAGAAACGCUCCAAGAAGGCAACAAAGAAGUACGAACUUAGGCGAAAAGAAGCUAAAAUCGACCCCCAUCUGGAAGAACAAUUUGGUGUUGGAAGAUUGCUUGCGUGUAUUGCUUCCAGACCUGGACAGUGUGGACGUGCAGAUGGCUACAUCUUGGAGGGUAAAGAACUUGAAUUCUAUUUGAGGAAGAUCAAGGCAAAGAAGGGAAAGUAAAUCAAAAAGUAGCAGCCUUUGUAGUUCGUCUCUUGAAAUGUUCAUAUUAAAAAUACUCUAAAGUAUGGUGAUACAGUA